AAGAAAACCACUUUUGGAGCAUGGCCGACGACGCCGACGUCGACGACGCGCCAACGUACUCGUGGAAGCGGUCCGAUGGCACGGUCCGGGCCGAAGCCACCGACGAGAAUGACGACAAUGACAACAACCAGGGUGGCACGGACGACGUCCCGAUCGUGUCGAUGGUCGACGACCUCCCGCUCUUCGCCGACGACGCCAACAAGGCGCUGCACGCGCAGAUCCGCGCCAAAGAGAAGCGGUUCCACGUCGUCAAGCAAGAGAUCCUCGAGACGAGCUCCCGCCAUGGCAUCAUGGACGAGCACCUCAAGAACGUCAAGCAGGAGCUCAUCAACACGCAGUCGCUCCACAACUCGAAGCUCAAAGAAAUCUCGACGGAAGAGCAUCUUCGCCAAGUGAGCGACCGCGAGGCCGGGCGCGUCAAACAAGAGCUCAAGAAGCUCGACGUGGCCUACAACGACGUCGAGAACAAGCUCAAUGCGAUCCAGAAUUUCCUCUUCAAGGGCAACGAAGACAUGGACAACUUUAAGAUGCAAAUGAAUUGGAACCAAGACGAGCUCGAGCAGUGGGCGACCGCGGCCAAGCAAAAGGAAGACGACAACAUGGCGCUCGAGAAAUACACGCGCGCCGACGACGCGCGGAUCAAGGAGCUCAACCUGGAAAUUGAAAAGCUCACGAAAGCCCUUCAAGUCCAGAAGCAGCUCGUCGAGCAUGAGGCGACCGAGACGCAAGCCAAGCAGAUUGAGCUUGACAAGACCGCCGACGAGUUCCGCGCGAUGCAUGACGAGCGCCAGCAGCUCGUCAAGCAGUGGCAAGACACGCUCGAGGCCAUGAAGCGCCGCGACGCCGAGAUCGCGGCGGCGAGCGAGCAGUUCGCUGCCAAGCGCAUGAGCGUCGAAGAAAAGAAGGACGCGCUGAGCGAGCACAAGCACCGGUUGAAGCUGCAGGAGCAGGACAACAACGAUCUCCAAGUCAAGAUCCAGGCCAAAGAACGACUCCAGUCGAAACUGCGCCUCGAGCUGCAAGCCGCGAACGUCCGGUUCCAAGAAUUCCGCGACCAAGUCGAGAUCCUCAAGAACCAGCUCACGAGCACGGUGACGCACCUCAACCAGCAGCGCGCGUACAACAGCAACAAGCGGUCGCACCUCGACAAGCUCGUCGACGACGUCGAGGCGACGCGGACGCGGUACAAGACAACCAAGAAGAUCCUCGAUGCGACCAUGAACUCGACGGUCGACGCCGAGACGAUGGCCAAGAACGCUGAAGCCGACUUGAACGCGAUGGAGGCCGAGUCGCUGCGCUUCGACAAGGAGAUUACGCUGCUGAAGGACCACAUGUUCCGCCGCAGCCAGACGCUCUUUACGCUGCGGCAAGCCGAAGCGACGCUCAUCGCGGAAAUCUCGGGCGCGGUCGCCGCGAGCCGCAACCUCUCGACGAAGCUCAAGCUCCUCGAGCAGUCGGCGCUGCGGCAGCAGGAGCUCGUGUACAACGGCGAGUUCCAGAUCCAGCAAAUGGAGCGCAAGGUGUCGCGCGCGUCCGGCGAGCGCACGGCCGACGAGACAAAGGCCAUGAAGGCCGAGAUCGAGGUGCUUCAAGCCGAGUACGACGCGACGCACGCGCAGUACUCGAUGCUUCAAACGCAAUGCAAGAAGCUCAGCGACGAGCGCAACGCGACCGAGCGGACGAAGCGCGCGCUCUUGGCGACGCGGGACGAAACGACGGCCAAGAUUGCCGAGCACGAGCUCGCGAACGCGAGUGCGGAGAACUCGCUCAAGGCCAUUUACCGCGAGAAGGAAGACCUGCUUGUGCAGCACGAUUUGCAAAAAUUAGAGGUCAAGCGGCUCCGCGACUUUCUCAAUUCGCGCGCCGACCAAGUGCUCACGCUUGAGAACCGCGAGUUUCAACUCAAAAAGAGCAUGGAAGAGCGCAAGAAGGAGAUUGGCGUCCACCGCGAAGUGCAGCGGGCGACGGUCAAAGCUGCCGAGGAAGAGCGCCAUCGCGUCUCGGUCGAACACUCUGAGCGCGAGCUCCGCAUCAAGAAACUCCAGGCGAAAUUCGAGACGCUGUGCAAGACCAGUCCGUUUGGCAACAUUGACGAAGACGGGCAAGAGCGCAGCCAAGCCUACUUUGUCAUCAAGGCCGCGCAGCGCCGGGAAGAGCUCCAGCGCGAGGGCGACGACCUCGACGACAAAAUCCGCGUCGCCGAGAAGGAAGUGCGCGCACUCACCAAGACCCUCGCGCACCUCGAAGGCCGGAACACCGAGUACCGCAAGAGCUUCCAUCGCGCAGAUAUGGUUGGCGAAGACGCGAUCAAGAUGAACCAGCUCGAAGAUCAAGUCAAGGUCGCGGAAGACACGCUCUUCAAGCGCAAGAAGGAGCUCCAGCGGCUCGAGAUGGACAUGGAAGCCGAGCAGCACCGGAUCGCCGAACUCGAGAUGCAGGCGCGCCACUUCAAGGACCACAACGAAAACCUCCACGCGGCCCAAGCCCAAGUGCUCAAAGAGCUCGAGACCGAGCGGGACAGAGGCGUCAAGAUCACCAAGCGCCUCGAUCGGCUUGUGAGGGACCACCGGGCGAACCGCAUCGUGUCCGAGCAUGAAAAAACCAUUGAAGAGGUCGUGCUCGAGACGUACAACGCCAAGGAAGUCAACCACAGCCUCCUCUACACCCUCGGGCAGCUCGCGCACGAGUUUCCAGAGCUCAGCGACCCGCUCCACGAAAGCGUGAAAGGGCAAAAUCUCCACAUUCCGGCCUUGCCGCCCGGCGCUGCGCUUGCGCGUGGACACAAGAAGGGCUCGAGCAGCGCGUCCGACUCGCGCCCGCCGUCAGCGCGCAGCGAUCGCAGCGACCUCAGUUCCGUCAAGAGCUCUGUGAGCAGCACCAGUAGCCGCAGUACGAACCGGCGCGCCGUGCCCAUGGGGAAGGUGCAACUGGGCUUGUAGGACCGACACAUGGCGAGGUCAUUGUAUCCAAAUGCAACG